AUGCAGAUCAAAGCCUCUAGCUCCCUGGCCCGCGGCCAGCCAGGUGUUCUGCACCAUAUUACUUCCCGGCUUGUCGCUUUCGAACACACCCGCGGUUCCCCCCGCAAACCACAUACCCUUAUCUUUGUUGGCGGAUUAGGCGAUGGCCUUGGUACAGUGGAAUAUGUAGCUGAUCUGGCAUCGGCACUGGAAGGAACAGAAUGGACAAUCUUUAACCUAGUACUGGGUUGUUCCUACGGGGGCUGGGGCAUGGGCCGACUUGGCCAGGAUAUCGACGAGAUUGCGCAAUGUGUGAACUAUGUUCGGGAAUAUAAGGAGCCUCACUAUGGCACUGGAAAGGUGGUUGUUAUGGGUUCUUCAACAGGCUGUCAAGAUGUAAUGCAUUACAUUAAUUGCCCGAACCCACGACCAGCACAUCCUGUUCUCGAUCGCGAUUGGAAGCCUAUUUCACGCACUCCUAUCGAUGGAGCCAUCAUGCAAUCCCCGGUAUCGGAUCGUGAAGGCAUUCUUCAGGUUUUGACGGAUGGGACUGAGCGAGACAGCCCUGCUGAGAUGCGUGAUAUUUACAAUAAAGCGGUCGAAGAAGCACGGAACAAUACAUAUGAAGAUGGUAAUUCAGUGGACACGCUUGUGCCGUUGUCAGUGACUGGUCGGAUUGGAUAUUCCACCUCCACGCCAGUGAGCAGUCGGCGCUUUCUCAGCUUGACUAGUCCCGACAGCCCAGAGAAUCCCGAGGAAGAUGAUCUGUUUAGCUCGGACUUGAGCGAUGAGCGCCUUGCUGAGACCUUUGGAAUGGUCGGGGCUAGAGGGCUUUUGAAGCAGAAACUGUUGGUACUAUAUUCGGGCCGAGAUCAGUCCGUUCCUCCCUGGGUCAAUAAGGGUGCGCUUCUUCAACGGUGGGAGAGAGCUAUUGAUGCUGACGGGAAGGAGUUUUGGGAUCCUCGCAGUUUGGUUAUUCCCAAUGCCUCCCAUCAGUUGAGUGACCCGGACCAAGCAAGGCCGAGGCGCAUUUUAGUGCAAAGGGUGACCGCAUAUUUGAAUGAUCUCCAGAGAGGUUGA